ACUGGUUUCACAUAUGUUUAUAAGCAGGGUGACAUUUCUUGUAUGUAAUGUAAUGUAGCUUUUUCAAACUAGUACACAUUUUGUUUUCGAAAAAACAAACAUUUUUUGUUUUAAACGUACGUUAAAGGGUAAAAAAUUGACGGGUUAUAUACUUGCAAAUUGUGUUACUUUCGCAUUAUACAUUUAUGUAGUAGAAAAUCCAAGAACAAAUAGAUCUCCGCAAAUAUGGGGGUCUCUUCACCGCCGGUCUGGCCUUAUUUUCAUCAAAAAAUCCAAUCGACACAAAAGGUUUCAUGGCUUUACCAAUAACCGAUCUAGACCAGCUCUCGGGACGCUCAGAAGACAUGAAAACGAAGAUGGAGCUUAUGAUAAUGCGAGUGCAAAGUGAAGUAUGCAAAGCACUGGAAAAGGAGGAAGAAGGGAAGACGUUUUUAGUGGAGAGAUGGGCAAGGAAAGAAGGCGGUGGGGGGGUUACUUGUGUAAUGCAGGGAGGAAGGGUAUUUGAGAAGGCCGGAGUGAACAUUUCGGUGGUGUCGGGCAUGUUGCCGGCCCCCGCCGUAGCCCAGAUGCGAGCGAGAGGUAAGAACCUUGAACAGGGCAAAAAUUUACCUUUCUUCGCAGCUGGUAUCAGUGCAGUCAUCCAUCCCGUUAAUCCCAUGGUACCUACCAUACAUUUUAAUUACAGGUAUUUUGAGGUUGAAAGUGCUGGCACCACGCAGUGGUGGUUUGGGGGCGGUACCGAUCUCACCCCCUACUACCUAAACAAAGCGGAUGCGGUACACUUCCACACAACCUUAAAAGAGACUUGCGACAAGCACGACAAGACUUACUACCCUAGGUUCAAAAAGUGGUGUGAUGAUUACUUCAACAUACCACACAGGGGGGAACGGAGAGGAGUCGGGGGGAUAUUUUUCGACGAUUUAGACACCCCCGAUCAGGAGGAGUGCUUCAAAUUCGUUACCGAUUGCGCCGACUCCGUAUUGCCUUCUUACGUCCCAUUGGUGCAAAGACACAAAACGGCUAGUUAUACCAAAGUAGAACGAGAAUGGCAACUUCUAAGACGGGGCAGGUAUGUGGAGUUCAAUUUGAUCUAUGACAGAGGAACAAAGUUUGGACUGUACACACCCGGUGCCCGAUACGAGAGCAUUUUAAUGUCUUUACCGUUAUACGCGAAGUGGGAAUACAUGCAUCAUCCAGUAAAAGGAUCUCCAGAAGACACUUUGCUGGAAGUUUUGAGGAACCCUCAGGAAUGGGUCGGUGUUCCCGCUCCAGCAGAAGAAACAAUCAGGAACGAAUUGUAAAUAGUUUUUAUUAAAACAAUUGUUGUGUUUUAAAUGGAGUUGGUCCUUCAUCAAGCGGGCGAAAUUUCCGUUCAUUUGAACCAUUUUUGUAUGCAUCAUAAAAAAA